GCGACCCUCCAUGUGGACAUCUAUCUGCAAAAUAGCUGCUGGGCUGUGUUUUCAUCAUCUAGGUGGAGAUGUCACUGUUUGUCAUUAACAGAUACCUUGGAGAUGAGGAGGAUUCAUCCGAAGAUCGCUCCAAAGUCCUCCUGGAAAAGUUGCAUCAGCAGGCCAAGGAGAGACAACUGCAGAUACAGAAAGAACAGCAAAGCGUCAACUUAACCCCUAAAGGACAGCACAGAGUCAACAUAACCCCUAAAGGACAGCAAAGCGUCAAGUUAACCCCUAAAUCUAGCCACAUAAUAGCAGAAAAAGAACCCUCUGCAGAUAGUACACCAAGUAAAAAUGAAAAAGAAAUAGAGAGACCAAGGAAAAAUAAAAAGCGCAAGAAAAAACAAGACAAAGAUGAAACUGUUGAGCUGGAAAGGCCCCAUGAUGAGAAGCAUGAGGAAGAGGUGCAAUGCACUGAGCAAGUAAAGAGGAAAAAGGUAUGCAAGAAGGACCUCCAGGAAGAAAACCUUCAGAAAGAAAAGGAAGAAAAUUUAACACCGAGUGAAAAAAGCAUGAAAGAAAAUAGCACAACAAAAGCAAAUAGAGACUCUGUCGAUCAUAGUCAUAUUCUUCUCGGAGACUUUGAAACUAAAACCGUGGAGAAGGUCCAACCAGUUUUACCAGAGUGGCUUUCACAUCCUAAUCUUGUCCAGAGAGAUAUCAAGCAGAACUUAGUUCCUAUCCAGGAUGUUCCUGGUUUGUGCCCAGAAAUUCUAAAAAAGCUGGAGGCCAACAACGUGAACACUUUCUUCCCAGUUCAAGCAGAAGUUAUACCCGCCAUCUUGGAAAGCUGCAGCCAUGGAUUUCUGCUGGGGAGAGGUGGUUAUCGACCCAGUGACAUAUGUGUGUCUGCACCUACAGGAAGUGGAAAGACUCUAGCAUUUGUUGUUCCCAUAGUGCAGACCCUCAUGAAUCGGGUGGUGUGUGAAGUGAGAGCACUCGUCUUGUUACCUACCAAAGAGCUAGCACAACAGGUCUGUAAAGUUUUCAACAUAUAUGUGACUUCUACAAGGUUGAAAGUAGUCUUGUUAGCUGGCCAGAAAUCUUUUACCAGAGAACAAGAAUCUCUCGUGCAGAAAAAGUCGUCUGGUUUCUGUAACUUGGGAGAUAUUCUUGUCUCAACUCCAGGAAGGCUUGUUGAUCACAUUCAGAGGACUGAAGGCUUUAACCUGAGGCACCUUCGCUUUCUAGUCAUUGAUGAAGCAGAUCGAAUGAUUGACAACAAGUUUCAAGACUGGCUUCAUCAUGUCACCAAGGCGGUCUAUCAGGUAAAGCCUGGUGCUCCCAGAAUGCUCUUUGCCAGGAAGGAACCUGGCAUUGUGACAGCAGCCAGCUAUUCCCAAUGCCAAACUCCUUUGCAGAAGUUGCUCUUCUCAGCCACCUUGACGAAGAACCCAGAAAUCCUUCAACCUCUAGACCUGUAUCAGCCCAGACUAUUCACCUCCACACACAAUGUACUCAGUGCAGGCCUUGAAGAAACCAGCAAUAUAGGAAACUGUUCCCUUCCAGAUGGGCUAACUCAUUAUUAUAUCCCUUGUAACCUGAACUCCAAGCCUCUUAUCCUGUUCCAUUUACUGCUUGCCCUGCGUUUUACCAGAGUCCUCUGCUUCACCAAUACAAGAGAGGCAUGUCACCGUCUGUUCCUGCUGAUCCAAAGCUUUGGAGAUAUCAGUGUUGCAGAGUUCUCAUCCCGCCUCAGUGCCGGGGAAAGGAAGAAGGCAUUGAAGCUGUUUGAGCAGGGAAAACUUCAACUGUUGAUCAGUACAGAUGCAGCAUCCAGAGGAAUUGACGUCAAGGGAGUGAAGUUUGUAAUUAACUAUGAUGCUCCUCAGUAUAUUCGGAUAUACAUUCACAGGGUAGGGAGGACAGCUCGUGCAGGAAAAGCAGGUCUGGCAUUCACAAUGCUCUUGAGUGUUCAGGAGGAAAGAUAUUUCAAGAUGAUGCGAGAUGCUGGCGCCCCAGCACUGCAAAAACAGUUUGUGAAGAGUGAGAGUCUGCGGCAGUAUGUGCCGAGAUAUGAAGCAGCUCUUGAACAGCUAGAACAAGCAAUCAAGGCUGAGAGGGCUGAAAAUCGCGCCUGAGCAUACUUGUAUUGAGCUGGGGAAUGUUUUUAGUUCCAACAGAUGAGUACCUGCUGUACCCUGAUCCAUGCAAUGUCCUUUCUCUCCCAUCAUGAAAUAUUAAGGCUUCUACACCCUUCCUUGAGGUUUCAGGGGAUUGAAACUUUGUAUAGAACUGUGAUUUAAGGAUGCUUUUGUGCCUUAUACUUGUGCAAGUCCUGACACGUGCAUUACAGAAGUUACUCAAUAUCAUGCAAAAAUUGCCGUUUUUUUUUUUAUAUAUAUAUAUACUUUUGCCUAAAUGACUGUCUCCUCUCUCAUAAGACGGCAGUUUACUUAUGAAAAACACUGUGUGUUGAUUAAUAAACUGGAUUAAUAAGAUGGCGAUUCUUCUUUUAUAUUGAUUGUAAAAAAUAUUAAAUUAAUGCAGCAAUCUAUGUGACCACAAUGGUAAUGUAACAAUUAUUAUAUUGAGGAGAAACCUCAAAAUAAAAGCACAAAACUGA